GAUCUCAUGAUGAAUCCAACAGUUUACACUUGUAGUAGCUUGGUGUCCCUAAGGCUCGUGGGAAUGAGCUUACCUAGUCCCGAGCGUGUUUCAUUACCUUUUCUCAAAGAUAUUGUUUUAAUCGUCGUUGAGUAUACCAACCGAUGGGCAUUAGAGAAGUUAAUCUCACAAUGCCCAGUUCUUGAAAACUCUCUAUUGAGCUUCUUGCAUUAUUGGGAUACGAAUGAUGAUUAUGAGGAAGAUAGUAUAGUUGAAAUUGAUGCUCCCAUGCUUAAGUAUCUGAGGAUCAGUGAUGGUGGAACUACGAGUUUCAUUAUAAAGAACCAGCCUUCCCUUGUAGAAGCUGAUAUAGAGACUGUGUUUAAUUUGACAAAUGAAAGGAGGCUACAAGUUGCAAAUGAAAUACAAAAGAGAGAUAUGGUUCUUGAUUUUCUCGUUGGGAUCUUUAAGGUGAAAGAUCUGACCAUCGCCUCCUCUAUUCUCAAGGUACCUAUAUUUCUUGAUUUCCAACUUUAA